UUCAUCCCUUGAAAGGAUUUACUUUGCGCGCUAAAGUGGCCAUGGCGCAUUUUACGCACUGCCGGUAGCCAGCCUCGGAGGGUCAAACAAGCACAAAACAUGGAUUAAACUGCUCCGACGUCGUCCGGUAACUCCCGCAGAGCCGACAUGGCGGCACUCCGUAGAAAAUUUGGCGAAGACUAUCAGGUGGUGAACACCAACCGGGCCACCACGUUCUCCGCUCCGGUGAAGAAGAAGCGGCAGCGCUUCGUGGAGAAGAACGGCCGCUGCAACGUGCAGCACGGAAACCUGGGCGGAGAGACCAGCCGGUACCUCUCCGACCUCUUCACCACUUUGGUGGACCUGAAGUGGCGCUGGAACCUGCUCAUCUUCAUCCUGACCUACACCAUCGCGUGGCUGGUCAUGGCAUCGAUGUGGUGGAUCAUCGCUUACAUCCGGGGGGAUUUAAACCACGGACACGACUCUUCCUACACCCCGUGCGUGGCCAAUGUUUACAACUUCCCCUCGGCUUUUCUCUUCUUCAUAGAGACCGAGGCCACCAUCGGGUACGGCUACAGGUACAUCACGGAGAAAUGCCCCGAGGGCAUCAUCCUCUUCCUGUUCCAGUCGCUGCUGGGCUCCAUCGUGGACGCGUUCCUCAUCGGCUGCAUGUUCAUCAAGAUGUCCCAGCCGAAGAAACGCGCGGAGACGCUCAUGUUCAGCCAGGACGCGGUGAUUUCUCAGCGCGACGGCAAACUGUGCCUCAUGUUCCGGGUGGGAAACCUGCGCAACAGCCACAUGGUGUCCGCGCAGAUCAGGUGCAAGCUCAUAAAGUCCCGUCAGACUCCAGAGGGCGAGUUCCUGCCUCUGGACCAGUGCGAGCUGGACGUGGGCUUCGGCACGGGCGCGGACCAGCUCUUCCUCGUGUCCCCGCUGACCAUCUGCCAUGAAAUCAAUCCCAAGAGCCCCUUCUUCGACCUGUCCCAGCGCUCCCUGAUGAACGAGCAGUUCGAGAUCGUGGUUAUCCUGGAGGGCAUCGUGGAGACCACCGGUAUGACAUGCCAGGCGCGGACGUCGUACACCGAGGACGAGGUUUUAUGGGGCCAUCGUUUCCUGCCGGUGAUGUCUCUGGAGGAAGGUUUCUUCAGGGUGGACUACUCUCAGUUCCACAGCACAUUCGAGGUACCGACGCCUCCGUACAGCGUCAAGGAGCACGAGGAGAAGAACUCGCUGCCCUCGCCGCUGUCCACCCCCACGCCUGCACUGACUGAAAGCCGCGGCUCCCGGCGAGACCGGGUGUUUUCCGUGGACUGCAUCAACACUUCGGAGGAGAGGGGCCGCCAGGGGGUGACCGGGGGCCGCCUGCCCAGCAAGCUGCAGAGGAUGAGCUCGUCCGGGAAGGAGGACCUGCAGAGGAAGGUGCUCCUGCUGAGCUCCCAGCACUCGGAGAAGGCGUGCAGCACCGGGGACCUCCCCCUGAAGCUGCAGCGCCUCAGCUCCUCGCCCAGCCCCGAGGCCGCCAACCGCCUGCAGCUCAAGUCCCUCAAGGUGGGCUUCGAACCCAUGACCCAGUCCACCGGAGACCUGUACCAGCACAGCCUGCCGCCCACGCCCUCCCCGGCGCCGCUCCCCAUGCACAGCCCGCUGCUCUCGGCCGGGGGCCGGCUGGAGGACAACCUGCCGCCAAAGCUACGCAAGAUGAACGCCGACCGCUGAAAGUCGGGCAGACGGACUCCGAGAGAGGGGGAGAAUAUCAAGUGAGGGUUUACUGACAGUCUAUUGAUUUGUUUGCUUUUUUUUCCUCCCCUGCAAGACAAGAAAGGAAAAAAAAAAACUUUACUGGAAUUACUGUGAUUUGUGUUUCAUAGCAGAGGCAGCCAUGCAGGCUUUGUAACA